UACUUACACCAGGCAGAGUGUUAAUGCAAGGCUUUCACUACUUAACUCCCAUGUCCAGGCCCUUGUUGUGUGUAAUGGUUGAGCGUAGGCAGGCAGGCAGGGAGGCAGGCAGGCACUAAGACCUGAGGGAUCCUACAGAGAGCGGAAUGACACUAGGAGUCCUCUGACUAAGUUUCAGUGCAGGCAAUUUGGGGCUGAGUGUGAAAGUGAAUGGCUGAGUCUGGCCUUUCCACACACACAAAAACAAGAACAAAGUCUUGGGGAAGCACUCGGAUAACCGACCAGGGAUUACUGCACCUGUGGACCUUAGUCUUGGCUGGAGAAGGGAAGGAAAACUGAGGAGCAGAAAUCCUGGGCAGCCAGACAGUCAGCACUCUUUCAACACUGAAGAAUCACUGUCUGUGCCCAACCGCUACUCCUAGAUUGAUAAAAAGGCGGGGUGUGGAGAGCAGCUCAGAGAGGGCAGCCCCGAUGGCAGGCUGCUGUGACACUGCCUGCACGCGACGCUCGCUAUAAGAGCCCUGCGGGGAGCACACUUCACCUGGAGACAGUGCACAGGACGGGUGCCCAUGUGGUCGUCGACACUGGUCCUGGUGUUUCUGAUCGGCGUCCAGGCUGUGUUGAAGUCAGAAAGGGAUGCCAAGGCGGCAGGGGCUGGACUCUCCUCCGGGCAGCAGGGGGCGCCGCACACGAUGAUGGCACAGCUGGGGAACAGCAGCAACCAAAGCCGGUCCCGUGGCCAGACCCUUCACUCCCCCAACGGCACCACCGUGGACCCCAAACUCUUCACCAAGCGGCGCUACCGCUCACCCAGGGUGCUGUUCAGCUCUCAGCCACCGGGGGAGGAAGGAGCGGAGGCCCCGACGGGAUCGAGGGUGAAACGGAAAGCCAAUCCGGCUCUGCACCGCGGAGAGUAUUCGGUGUGCGACAGCGUCAGCACCUGGGUGGGCGACAAGACCAAGGCCACCGAUAUCAAAGGACAGGAAGUGAGCGUGUUGGCGGAGGUGAACAUCAACAACACGGUCAUCAAGCAGUACUUUUUCGAGACCACCUGCCGGAACGCCAAACAGGGCGGGGCUGGCUGUCGGGGGAUUGAUCGGAAGCACUGGAACUCCUACUGCACCGACACACACACCUUCGUGCGCGCCCUGACCGUGGAGAACAAGCUGGUGGCGUGGCGCUUCAUUCGCAUUAACACGGCCUGCGCGUGUGUGCUUAGCAGGAAGUCAUGGAGACACUGACUGAUUGACUACUGCCCUGGACCCUCCCCCAACCCCCUCUCUCCGGCCAAUGAAACAGCACCACAAACUCAACUCAAAGUGACCCGUAUACCCUCUGCUCCCCAGCCCUACCUCAGUCUGUAAAUUAUUGUGUUACGUUGUUUUAAGUUAUGAGGACUGCAUGUUAUAUUUAAAGUUUAUACAUCUGACAAAUCCUUACAAAAAAAAUAGCAUUUUUUCCUUGUUAUUUAUUAAACACUUGUGUACAUGCUUCUGGGGUCGUUUUUUUGUCUACUCGAGGUUUCAUAAUAAUUUGGGAGCGAUAAUAUGUUUUUAAGUGUAGUGAUCCUAAUUCAAAUAAAUGACAAGGCCUGUAAUGUUUGCUCAAUGCACUUAAAGACAAAUCUUCGCUCUUAUACACCGUUACUUUAUAGAAAAAUACCCGAAAACUUGUUCCGUUUACUUUCUUUUACCUGAAUAAAUCUCGACAGUUUUGCUUUUUACUUUCUGCACUUGUCUCCGCGGUUGUCGUGGUGACACACACAC